GACUCGGUCUGUCCGUCCGUCCGUCCGCGGGUGCCAUCAUGGCGGACGCGGCCAGUCAGGUGCUCCUGGGCUCCGGUCUCACCAUCCUGUCCCAGCCGCUCAUGUACGUGAAAGUGCUCAUCCAGAGAUUUUAACACCAGAUACCCGGAUAUACACAAGGAUCUCAUUGAGAAGUAAUAAUGAAGUCAGAUUUCCUAAGGAUCCAUUGAGCGCUUUCACAGCCGCCCGUGUGGUUCAUGACAAUGAAAAUCACGUUGGUCAGAGCUGGAAAUCAGUUCUGUUUAGUGGGAUAUGAGCCUCUUCCUCCAACAAUAGGACGAAAUAUUUUUGGGCGACAAGUAUGUCAGCUUCCUGGCCUCUUUUGUUAUGCUCAGCACAUUGCAAGCAUCGAUGGGAGGCGUGGGUUGUUCACAGGCUUAACUCCAAGACUGUGUUCGGGAGUCCUUGGAACUGUGGUCCAUGGUAAAGUCUUACAGCAUUACCAGGAGUGCGAGAAACCCGAGGUGUUAGUACCUGGAAAUGUACAAAAGGAAGGCUCGUCCUCCUUUGACCAAGUUAUCAAAGAGACAACUCGAGAGAUGUUUGCUCGUUCUGCUGCUACCCUCAUUACACAUCCCUUCCACGUGAUCACUCUGAGAUCUAUGGUACAGUUCAUUGGCAGAGAGUCCAAGUACUGCGGGCUGUGUGACUCCAUAUUAACCAUCUACCGGGAAGAAGGCAUCGUAGGAUUUUUUGCGGGUCUAAUUCCUCGCCUCAUAGGUGACAUCAUUUCCUUGUGGCUCUGUAACUCCCUGGCUUAUCUCAUCAAUACCUAUGCACUGGACAGUGGGGUCUCUACCAUGAAUGAAAUGAAAAGUUAUUCCCAAGCUGUCACAGGAUUCUUUGCCAGUAUGUUGACAUACCCCUUUGUGCUUGUAUCUAAUCUUAUGGCUGUCAACAACUGUGGGCUUGCUGGUGGAUCUCCUCCUUACUCCCCAAUAUAUACUUCUUGGAUAGAUUGCUGGUGCAUGCUACAAAAAGCGGGAAAUAUGAGCCGAGGAAACAGUUUGUUUUUCCGGAAGGUCCCCUUUGGGAAGACUUACUGUUGUGACCUGAGGAUGUUAAUUUGAAGAUGUGGAGCAGGGACAGUGACAUUUCUAUAGUCCCAAUGCACAGAAUUAUGGGAGAGAAUGUUGAUUUCUAUACAAUGUGGCGCGCUUUUUUAAUAAUCAUUUAAUCUUGGGAAAAUGGA